CCAUUGCGACGUUAAAUUAAAUCACUUAACUUAAAUUGUUUACGCGCUAAAUUUGGCCUCGAAAUGCAUCUCAUCUAAUUUAAUGUCCAAAGUUCAGACUUAGCAUCAAAUAAUUUGCUUCUAUGAGCCUCGGAUUUUGAUUUAAGCUAAAGUUGGAGACGCAUUUUCAGCGAAUCAUUAAACCAUGGAUGUUCAGAUAAAUCGUGUGGUGCCAGAUGGAGGCUAUGGCUGGAUUGUGGUGGCUGCCGUAGCCGUUAUUAAUAUGACCAAUCAAUCCAUACUUUCUGUGUUCGGACAACUCUUCGUGGGUGAGCUGAAACGCAUGCAUGAAGACACCUUUACUGCUGCGCUUAUAACGAACCUGAAUAGCUUGGCCCUUAACUUUUCGGGACUGUUUAUUGGACCAGCCAUCAAGAGUUUUAAGCCUCGCAAUGUGGCCGCUACUGGCUGUGUACUAGUUUCCCUUGGCCUGGCGAUAUGUUCCUUAGCUACCGAGGUCUGGCACUUUGUAAUCGGAUACAGCAUCUUUGUGGGAUUUGGGUUGGGACUUAUUUCGCCGUCUACAUUUAUGGCCAUUAACUCGUACUUCAGUAGCAAGCGCGGACGCGCAGUUGGCGUAUCUUUAGCUGGUGCUGGCGUAGGUCAGGUGUUUAUACCUCAUGUUGUGGAAUACUUUUUAAAUAAUCACGGUUUUCGCAUUGCUGUGUUGGCUAUGGCUGCUCUCUCUUUAACUGGGCUGUUUGGUGCAAUGUUUCUGAAACCCUUGAACCCACCUAGAAAACAUAACAAUCGCAAGCAUAUGCGUCUCUUGGCAGAUACUGAGGACAAGAAAUUGACAAAUACUCUGCAGGGCGUGAUUAUUCAAACCGCUGAAAUUAACUCACCAGCCAUUGAGAAAGUGGAAAAAUCCGAAAGACUGUGCGGAAAAAUGUGUCAUCGCCUAGUGCAGGCCAUGGAUUUAGAAUUGUUGAAGGAUGCGGUGUUUUUAAGCAUCAUCAUUGGAAUGGCUCUGGUUUACACUGCCACUAUUAACUUCACGAUGGUCUUUCCCAGUUUUCUCCAACAAACGGCUGGAUUCGAUAGUAAAAUUGUCGCUUCGUGUAUGUCGGUUGUGGCUAGCGCCGAUAUAGUUUUUCGCCUACUCUUGCCGUGCAUAACAGAUCGGUUGAGGAUCUCCUACCGCGUCGUAUUUCUGUUGGGAACUGCUGGCCUCCUUAUUGCACGCUUUGUCAUGGCAGCAAAAUCGACCAAUUUAGUGGUCAUUGUUGCAAUGUCUGCCUUCAUGGGCAUGUCCAAAUCCGCCACCGUGAUCAAUAACAAUCUUACAAUUUCGGCGCAUUGUCGUUCGGAGAAGUUAGCUGGUGGUUUGGGAUUAAGCAUGAUUUCCAAAGGCAUUAUUGUCAUAACGAUUGGUCAGUUGCUUGGCUGGGUACGCGACUACGCUGACUCCUACGUGAUCUGUUUAUAUGCCCAGAUCGUGAUCCUGCUGCUGGUUGUUGUGGUGUGGACACCAGAAAUUUUGUGUCGCUUUAGGAAGCAGAUGAAUACGACUUCGAAAUCAAUUGAAACAACUACUGAGGCUGCGCCCGAGGAAGCUGCAAAAUUGAACAGUGUUUCAUAAUGGCCAGGCACUUUAUAAGGACUAAUGUGAUAUUAGAAUGUGCUGAGAGAAAAGACCAUUGCUAUAGUAGCGCUAAUAUUUUUGGUAAUAUGCAUUAAUUUUAAGCUAUACCUCGACUUAUUUAUUAUCAUUUAGCACCUAAGUGGAAACCAUUUUGUACUACAACAUAGAACAUAAUAAAUGUACGAACCAAAUGAA